AUGCUGUGGAGGAGAUUGGCAGCCCUGGCGCUCAUCGCCACUGGGGCCUUCGCGGAGGAAGAAGCGACCGAGCUGCGGCAGCUGAACGAGGACAAUUUCAAAGCGUCCAUCGCUCACGGCGCUUGGCUAGUUGAACACUUCUCACCGCGGUGUUGGCACUGCAAAGCGUUCGCUCCGACGUGGAAGGACCUCGCGAUUAAGAACGCGUACCAUGAGCAGCUGUCAGGGUUCCACAUGGCGCAAGUUAACUGCCUGGCGCAGGGAGAUUUGUGCGACUCGAACAACGUCCGUGGAUACCCAUCCCUCAUGCUUUAUGCCGACGGCAAGGAAGUCGGCGAGUACAAGGAUGAUCGCGCGUAUCCUCUCCUCGACGCGUGGAUCGAGUCCAAAGCCUUGGCUUACUCGCGCGGCGAGUCGCUGGGAGCGAACGACACCGAUUCAGAGGGCCGACAGCCGGAUCAACUGAACAGGCCAAACCACGAGGGCAAGGUUGUCGAGGUUGACGAGGCGGGCCUGGAGGCGCUCAAGACGAACGGACCGGUCUGCAAGAAGUUGCGGCCGAUCUACGAGAAGCUCGCAGCCACAUACAAGGGCGCGCUGAACGUCGCCGCGGUCAACUGUGAUGACCACCCGAUCCUGUGCAAGCGCAACGGUGUUCAAGGCUACCCGACCAUCAAACUAUUCCAGCACGGCGAGGUCAAGGUGUUUGAGAAGCACCGUACCCUUCCACUCAUGACCAGCUUCCUCGACGAGGAGGUAAAAAGCGUGCCCAUGAAGAAGAUGACGAACGAAGAUUUCGAGGGAAUCAUCGCGGAUGACGACCUCUUCUUCGUCUACUUGACCAGCUAUUCAACAUCCCUGGAGGAGGUUGAGCAGGUGGAGCGUGCCGUCAAGUCAUUAGGCCUCAAGGUCCCCGUCUACAAGACGAACGACCCUCUCUUCUACAAGAACCAAAGCAUCGCUAUGCCUCCGCCGACCUCCUCGCUUCUCGCCUUUGCGUCCCACGAGCCGCACCACGUCGGAGCUGUGGCGCUUCCGGCCAAGGACGAGGACCUUGAACACUUCGUCCACAGGAACAGUUACCCGAACUACUUUGACCUGUCAGGGGACAACUACAACACGUUCUUCCUGUCCGAAAACCAUCCUCUCGUCGUUUUAGGGGCGGUCCGCGACGGCGCAGAGGGAGAAAAGGACCGGGUGGAGAUGGUCAAGAUGGCCCGGGCGUGGAAGAAGGGUGGACGACAUUCCGAGCAGCGCAUCAUAUUCGUCUCAGCCAUCGCCAGCAGCUGGCAAAAGUGGCUGCGAAAGAUGGUCGGCGUCCAACCUGCCGACAUCCCCACGAUCGUCGCCAUCGACACCAAAGGGCGCAAGUUCUAUGACAGGAAGAUUGAGGACAUUCGCGUGCGUUUGACGGGCGCUGACGCGUUCUCGAUCCUCGAAGGAAUCCAUAAGGGUUACCUGAAAUCCCAAGAUGUCGGGAGCGCGCUCGAGUGGGGCUCGCGCAGCGGCACGCUCAUGCUCUUCGAGGCUGGCCAGUGGAGUGCCGCGCACCCUUUCCUUGCGACGCUCAGCGCACUGGCUGUCGUUGUCGCGCUUGUGCUCGGGCUUGCGCGUUGCCUGGGUGGCCGUGCACGAGGCGCGCGGGGUACUUACGUGAACGAGAAGGGUGGCCAGCGGCUCGAUUAA